AUGUCGUGGGACCUGCUCAAGCGCUUCCUUGAGAGUGAUGUGUUCAACUCGAACCCUUUCCUCUCCGUAUCCUACCUCUCUCGCUACGCCGAUCAUGUCGGGAUACACUAUGUUCUGUGCAACAAGCUGCGCCAGUUCCCCUACGAGGACAUCGAGUUCUUCCUGCCGCAACUAUGCCACCUGAUCAUAAGCGUAGACAAUGAGUCUAUGGCCCUCGAAGAGUUCCUCCUGGACCUGUGCGAGGAGUCGGUGACAGCUGCGCUGUUGACCUUCUGGCUUUUCCAGACCUACCUCCACGAUCUCUCAGCGAACCCGCACGCCGACGCCUUCCGAACCUGCCAGAGGGUGUAUAACAAAGUCCAGCAUAUCGUCUUUGGAUUGAGCGACAGGGCUAGGCAUGAGAGAAUCACGGAAAAUGUAAUGCCGGUCUCGGUGCUCGCGAGCUUUGUGCUCGCCGGCAUUGGCCUGCCAAUGCUGCCGCACUGGGCAGGGCCCAUGGCCGUUGCGCAGGCCAGAAAGCCGACGCCCUCUGGAGAGGCCAUGCCCGAUGCAAGCCAGGGCCAGAACACGCCGGCCCGAGCGCACACCGUCACGUCGGCGACUACCAGAUCAAAACGUGUGAAAGACGGCGGUGGCCGUGUCACCAGUGCACCAGAUCCGAAGGGCCACAAGGAGAUGGUCAAGGGCCCCAAGCGCCCGUCGUCGCGUCCAGGUACCUCGUCACGUCCAGGCACAUCCGGAUCGGCAACCCGCGCCGCCGCCGACUCACCCCAGAAAACGCCAGCGCGUCUUGAGCUAGCCUCGGUCGAUGCGCGCCUGAGCUCCUCCUCCCUGCCCUUGCCAGACAUGCGGUCUCCCAAGAUGGUGCCCCGGCCGGCGACUCCGGUCUCAGCCGGGCUUCGGCCAUCGGAGGGUGUGUCUAGGAGGCAUUCUCACCACAUCAAGACGCUUGUGAGCCAGGCAGACCUGAGCACCGAGCAAAAGCGGAGGCUGUUGAGGCAGAACUAUUUCAGGUGUCAGACACAGUUCUUAACAGCGCUGGAAGACAUCUCCAACCGCCUGGUCAUCGUCCCGAAGGCGGCGCGCCUCAGCGCCCUGCGCGCGGAGCUGGCACUCAUAGCUCAGGAUCUUCCCGCCGAAGUCGACAUCCCGGUGAUCUGUCCGCCCACUCUUGUCAACGGAUCGCCCGGCAAGAGUCGACACCAUCGGAUUGUCCGCCUGAAUCCGGCCGAGGCGACAGUGCUGAACAGCGCCGAAAAGGUUCCCUAUCUUUUGAUGGUGGAGAUCCUGCGUGACGACUUCACGUUUGACCCCGACUCGCAGGAUAAUCAACGCCUGCUAACAAACCUGCUGGCCGAGCAAGGCACAAAGAAGAGGAUUUUUGAUCUGUCUGAAGGGCCCCGGCUGCAGACCCUGCAAAAGGCAGCGGAGCCUGCAGUCGACAGCGUUUUCGAGCCUACCUCGGGAGACCUUGGAAGUUCGCCAAUGUUGGCAAGCUUUGACGAAGAGAUCUCGUCAAGACCGCAUGGCAAGAUGGCUGUGCAGAAUCAUGCGCAACGGAUGUCGAGCGGUGCGACCACUAUGACGAGCCUGUCAGAGACCACGCCUCGGAGCUCUGCAACCUCGACGUCAAGGUCUAGUAGUCCAGGACCUCUGAGGAAGAUGACGCUCCAACUGCCCCGGACGAGUUCCGUGGACCAACCUGAUUUCUCAGCUCUGGCGACCCAUAUGCGGACGGCAUCGCAGAUGCUUGCUCAGCUAGAUGCGACGAGCGGUAAACGGCCGCGGCAGGAGGUCGCCGCCAUCAGAGCGAAGAUCAUUGCGAGUAUGCAGAGCUUGGAGGAACAGAGCUUUGAAGUAGAUGACGGGCAGGGUCCCACCUUUGACCUCAUCAUGGCCAAGGCGAACGCUGCCAAUGCAGCCGCCAACGCGGAAGUGGAGGACGAUGCCGCGUUGGAUUCUACAAUCAACCCGAACGCAGGCCUGGCCAGGAUGGAAAACGACUUCAAAACAGGCGGUCUCCAACGGAAGGGCGACCGUGACGACCCCAGUGCUGCCGUGUUUGGAGAGGCAUGGGACUCCAAGAAGGAGCGGAUAAGGAGAUCGUCGCCCUACGGUUGGAUGAAGAACUGGGAUCUUGUCAGCGUCAUCGUGAAGACUGGCGCCGACCUCAGGCAGGAAGCCUUUGCGUGCCAGCUCAUCGAUGUGUGCCACAAGAUCUGGGUUGAUGCGGGUGUUUCGGUGUGGGUCAAGAGAAUGCGCAUCCUGGUGACUGGCGAAUCGUCCGGCCUGAUCGAGACCAUCGCCAACGGUGUGUCGCUCCAUUCGAUCAAACGGAGUCUCACGCUCUCGAGCAUCGAGGCAGGUCAGAACCCAAGGCGGCGCAUCGCCACCCUCAAAGACCACUUUGUCAAGGUCUUUGGCUCGCCCGAUAGCGAGCCGUACAGGGCUGGCGUAGAUGCCUUCAAGAGAUCGCUGGCUGCGUACAGUAUCAUCUCGUAUGUCCUGCAGCUCAAGGAUCGCCACAACGGCAAUGUUCUCAUCGACAACGAGGGGCACAUCAUCCACAUCGAUUUCGGAUUUAUGCUGUCGAACUCGCCUGGCUCGGUUGGAUUCGAAGCAGCCCCUUUCAAACUGACACACGAGUACAUCGAAGUGCUAGGCGGAAUCGGCUCCCCAGAGUACGAGGACUUCAAGAAGCUGUGCAAGCAGGCGUUCCAAGCUCUGCGACGCUCGGCAGACAAUAUCAUCGACCUUGUCAGCAUGAUGGGCCGCGAGUCGAAGAUGCCAUGCUACUCGUCCGGGGUGCUUGCAGCCACGGCUACGCUACGUCAGCGGUUCCAGCUCCAGCUCAGUGCCGAUGACGCGGAGCAGUUCGUCGAGACGGACCUGAUCGCCAAGUCACUGGGCAGCUACUAUACACGACUGGCAUUUACUGAUCUUGUCUCCGUUGCUCUCGGCGGAGGCGAAAAGCUCACGCACGAGAACGGAACAAGACAAGUUCGCAUGGCGAGGCAUCUGGGCGGCGUUUUGAUUACGGGGCGGCAUUAG